AUGCCGCGGAAGAACACAGUCAAGGCAAAGCCUCUUGACGAACUCGAACCUCCGCCACCGGGUUAUGAGGAUCAGUUCGAGGGCCUGCGAUCUGCCGCCCGUGCGGAGCUUGCCAAGAUGGCGAGGGAUCUCGGGCUGCCUGCGGACGGCACGCAGCAGCAGAUGGCGCUGCGAAUCGUCCGCGCGCUGGCAGCUGCAACGGCGGCCGAAGACAGACCUGCGACCCAUAGCUCACUAGAGGCCGCCGAGGGGGCCUGCGGGGACGCGGCCCCACCUGCAUCUGAUGACAGGGUACCGGACCUGUCCAAAGCAGAGGAUGCGGAGGCAACCGCGACCUCACCUGGAGACCACGCGGCCUCGUUGCCACCAGCAGUCACCCCAACGAAGCGAAUCCGCUCGAAGAGAGGAGCCAACGAGGCCUUCGACUCCCCCAGAACUGCAGCAGGUUUGCAACCGAGCAGUGGAAGCCAGCAGAACUCCAGCCAGCAGGGCUUGCCAAAGCUCCGCCGCACUGGGGGCUCCGAGAGCCUGGGCACAGGAGGCAUGGAGCCAGGCGGGGCCCACGCUGGACCCACGGGCCCUGCACACGAGCGUGCUGCUCCGGCGCAGGACCAGGAAAAGCCUGGAACCGGCAGCCCAGUUGGGAAGAAAAGGAAAACCGGCAGAGCGCCGAAGUCCACUUGCACCUCUGAAAGUGCCUCGCAGCCGCGCAAGAGGAUCAAGAAGAGCGCUGCCACAAUACCCGUGAGUGCUGAGAUUGAAGACGAAAGCCAGGCAACGGCUAAAGUUGCACCAUCGGACGAUGACCAGGAUCUAACACACCUUGUGCCCAAGCCUUCCGAGCACGGUGCAGAUUGUGCAGAUGUUGGCAUUCCCAAGGCUCAGGCCACGUCCAUCCCUGACAACCCGGAUGGCAGCCUGGAGGCCGACCUCCUCGCGGAGGCGCCAGUUUCCCAGGGCCCCGGCGUGCUGGUGGUGGCCGUGCCAACCGAGGCAGCUUUGAGGAUGCAAGAGUUGGGGUGGCUGGGUCACCUCCGAUGCGUGGCCGAGGUUGAGGCGGAGGUCUUCCAGACCAAUGUGGGGCAGACCGAGUGGGAGAGCGAGGUGCCCAGGUUCCUAGACAUCGCCACCCCGAACGGCCAGCGUGCCUGUGCUGGCCGAUACAAGCGCCUUGGCAAGAAGACAGUGAACAGCCAGCCCAUCUGGAAAAAGGUCGACGCAAAUCGCUGGGUGUACAGCGGCACGGACAGCACAUGGCUAGUGGGCGGAGUGAAGCAGCGAGACAUGGACUUUGGGUGCCGCUCCGGAGUGCUACACCAGGCCAAGCUCCAUGGCGGGCAGCUGCCACACAGGCUUGAGCCAGGCGGCUGGCGGCGUGUGGAUGGCAGUGGUUGGGUCCAGGACCCGGACAUCUGCAUCACUGCCUCCCCAGUGAUGCAGCCAGGCGCUCCGGUCGUAGCGAUGACAGGGCUACGCGAGGGUCGCUUUGGGCGCUUGGUGCACAGGCGGGAGGUGGCAGGGACAGUCUUCUGGAGAACGCAUUUCUCAGAUGGGGAGGAGGAGCUGCAGGAUGAGCACCUGGAAGUCCGCGAGCUGCAGUCUGGGGAGGUUUGGCUGUCCGUUGCCGGUGCCCCCGCUCCCCCGACAGCUGCCUUGGCAGCAGAGGCCCUCGCCUGUACUUUGCUGGGGCGCCCCAUGCAGUGUCACUACGAAGAGGCCGGAGAUUGUGCGACAGACGUUCUGAUCCCAGAGGAGCUUCUGGAGAGAGCAGGGCAAGGCGAGCUCUGCCGGCUCAUGGCGAAGCACCAGGUCAUCCUCGGCUUCCACAAGUCAAGUGAUAGCUCAUGGCUCCAACUGGUGAUUGUCAGCCAAGAUCCCAAGCCGGGAAUCCUGGCACUCCUGGAGCUUACGGAGGAGCUGCUCCCCGGCUACUUAGUGCGCGCCCCGCGAACCGUCUCGAGCGCGGGCUCGAGCGCAGGCUCGAGCGACUCGAGCUCCUCGCGACUGGGCGCCUCGGCACUUCGUUGUGCCGUCUACGGCGGGGAGGCGGCGUUGAAGAACCACCUCCAGGUCUUGUCGCGCUGCCUGGAGGUCCUUGCGGCACCCGUUGGUUUGACAAGUGCUGCUCCUGGACGCGCUGGAAGUGUGCUUUUGGCUUGCAGGGUUUCGUCUCAAAGUCCGAUUGCGCUACCGUUGUCUUAG